AUGACUGACUCGAAUGCACCCUCAACUGAACAAACCUCACGUCUGCAGGACGUCUCGGCCGUGCAACUGCGUCUCCCAUCUUUCUGGCCACAGGACCCGCAAGUUUGGUUUCACCAGGUCGAGGCGCAAUUCUCCCUGUACCGCACUGCCUCAGAAACGACACGCUACUACUACGUAGCUUCAGUCCUUCCUCCUGAUGUUACCAGCGAGCUCUCCGCCGUCCUCUCCAACCCCUCGGACACUACGCCAUAUCAGCACCUUAAAACCAAGGUGCUGGAGCGAUUCAUGCCUUCGGAACGCGUCCGCCUACAGCAGCUCCUUGCAGAGGGGGACCUUGGCGAUAGGCGCCUCUCCCAACUACUGCUCCGAAUGCGACAGCUUCUUGGGGAACACGACGUCUCUGCCCAAUCAGCGUUGCUUCGCGAGCUCUUCCUCUAA